AUGCCCCCCAUGUCACAGCGCACGUUCUCGACAACUCGCCCGUCUCAGCUCGCCCGCAUGACACUGGUGGGGAGACUCGGCGCAGACCCAGAACUCGCAGAGACCGGCAAGGGCCAAGUGAUCAAAUAUGUCGUGGGUUCUAGUUACGGACCGAAGGACAAUCGACAGACAUCGUGGUUCCGCGUCGCCAGUUUCGCACCCGAAGGGUCCCCCCAACGAGAUCUUGUGAUGGGAUUGAGCAAAGGGACACUGGUCUAUCUUGAAGGAGAUGCUACCAUGCGCACAUACGAGGAUUCGGACGGGAAGAAACAGAGCUCAUUGAGUCUGGUCCAGACAAAAGUGGAAGUUCUGAAACGACCGCAGCCGAAGGAAGAAGAGAUCGCACCAGGGAACGUCGGUGCUUGA